AUGGAAGAACAGCUGGCCAAGACUGAAACAACAAAUCAAGGAAUGACCAAGUGGAUAAAUAAGGGUAUUGAUCUGGAGGAUGCAUUGGAUAAGUUAUGGCAUGAUGCAUUGAAUACAAAGAAAGAAGGCACACCCUGUAAGCCAAACAUUCUCAAUGAACACUGCAAACAACUUUUGUCUUGCAUCAAUGCCCACCACCAGGAGCAAGAGCAAUACCUUUGA